AUGACCGACGUCCAGCACGAGAAAGUGGUCAUCAUCGGAUCGGGCCCUGCAGCCCACACCGCAGCAAUUUACCUGUCUCGAGCAGAGCUCAGUCCGUUAAUGUACGAGGGGUUUCUUGCAGCGGGUGUCGCGGCCGGCGGACAGUUGACGACGACGACCGAUGUCGAAAACUUUCCGGGAUUUCCAGAUGGCGUUGGUGGUCAAGAAAUUUGUGACCUAUUCAGAAGGCAAUCUGAAAGAUUUGGCACUCGCAUCUUGACGGAGACCGUCACUACAGUUGACAUGUCGUCCCGUCCAUUUCAAAUAUCCGGUGAGAGUGGUACCAACUGCACUGCUGACGCCGUCGUGCUCGCCACAGGCGCUACCGCUAGAAGACUAGACAUCAAGGGCUGUCGCGAUGGCGAGUAUUGGCAGAGGGGAGUCAGUGCGUGCGCUGUCUGCGAUGGUGCUGCUCCCAUUUUCAAGAAUAAGGUUUUGGCUGUCAUCGGAGGAGGCGAUUCGGCCAUGGAGGAGGCCCAGUUUUUGACAAAGUUCGCUUCCAAGGUUAUCAUCGUGCACCGACGUGACCAGUUGCGCGCCUCCAAGAUUAUGCAGCGUCGCGCUUUGAACAACCCAAAGAUUGAGUUUUUGUAUUCUCAUGUCGUGGAGGAAGGGAAGGGGAACGAGAAGCUCCUAGGAUCUAUUGUAGUGAAGGACUUGAAAACUGAGGAGACAAGAGAAAUUGAAUGCGGUGGAUUGUUCUUUGCCAUUGGCCAUGAGCCCAAUGUCAAAUUCCUCAACGGGCAAGUUGACCUUGACGGGCAGAAUUACAUCAUAACCAAGCCAGAUUCAACCGAGACCAGUGUUCCGGGGGUCUUUGCUGCUGGCGAUGUACAGGAUAAAAAGUGGCGACAGGCUGUGACUGCGGCGGGGACUGGCUGCAUGGCUGCGUUAGAAGUUGAAGGCUAUUUGGAGGAACUGAGUGACGGGGUGGAAGAAGUGCGGGAAGCGCAGGUUGAGGGCGAGGUAGAUUCUGCGGAAAGCGCAAACGGAGGAAACACUAUAGUGUUUCCUAUAGGGGAAGCCGAGGGAAUGACAACAGGGAAUAAACUCUAAACCACGUCGUAUUGUAACGCACAUGGUUUGAGGCUGCA